UGACAGUCUAUUCGUUUGGAAACGUUUGAAUAAAGUUUUAAUAAACACAAACUAAAAGAUUUGUUGAAUUGCUCGUGGAGUAAAAAUGUCUGGUAAUGAGUCCUUUGACGAGCAAAGUGAAGAUGGAGAAUUACGCCAAAGUCCAAUAGAUUCGAAGCAUAUGCACGAGACGGAAACGAUGGAUUUCAGUAUAUCUGAAGAAGAGGAAGGCGAAGCAAUAGAUUCUCUCGAUAUAAAACCACCUCAAGCUAAGAUUGCAUCUCAAUCGAAAACUAAGAAAAGGGAGCACGAAAGGAGGAAACAUUCAGAUCGCCAUAGAGAAGAUCGGCAUUCCCACCGAGAUAAACACCACAGGGAAAAAUCCAAUAGGAGCAUGAAAGAUCGUGAACAGUAUCAAAGAGAUAAAGAAAGGUAUUACAGGGAGAAACAUUUCGAACAAGCAGCUUAUGAAGCGCAGUAUCGGGAAAGAAAAGACGAAAAACCGAGGAGCAGACAUUCCGAUCAGAGAAAGCACGAAGAGAAGAAGAUGGUGAAGGAAUCGAGGCAUCGAGAUUUGGAAAAACACGAACCGUACGAAGACCAGAGAAAAUCCAAGGGUGACAAAGCUUUAAACGAUUUAAGGGCGAGGUUACUCAGCAAAAGAUCCACCAAAGGCGACGAAGGGCACGGUAAAGACAGGAAUUCUAAGAGAGACCGAAAGCACAGAGAACACACCGAUGAUCCUUUACAAGGGGAGGCCGGAAUGUUGGUUAAAGAAAUAAUAAAUUUAACGACUGAGGAGAAGAAGAAGUUUCAAAAAGAUGAUGACUUCAAGAUGUCCGAAGAGGAACGGGCUGAGACGGAGCAGAGAAAACAGAAAUUUUUAGAAGCUGCAAAGGAAAUGUCGAGGCUGAAGGAACAGUCGAGGGCAGAACGAGAAAGGCGCCAUCAAGAGAAGGCCACGAAAAGGAAACACGAAGACGAUUCGUACGGCAAGCGACAAAAAGUAGAAGAAAUCGCUGUGGUUGUAUCGGAUAAUUCAGAUGCAGAACAAGGAGAACUCUAUCAAAAUUCUUACGAGAGUGAACACAGUCCAGAGGAAGAAAACAGUCCUUCCCCAGCUAAAAGUGAACAUUCCAGAGUCAGUUCUCAAACAGGAGAAGAAGAAAGUCCUUACUCAGAACGUCGAUCGGGCACCCAGAGUAAAAGCAGAAGUCGAAGCAAGAGCAGAAGUGCCAGUGAAAGCGAAAGAUCCAGAUCUCAGUCUCCGAAAAGCGAAGAAAACGACGAAGAAAUAUUGGAAGAAGAGAAAGAAAAAGACGAGAAGGCUCCGGAAAGCCCGAAACCGAAAGUGGAUGAAAGUUUACCUCCAUAUUAUCCUGCUGUACAGGGUUGCAGAUCGGUGGAAGAAUUCCAAUGCUUGAACAGAAUCGAAGAAGGCACUUACGGUGUAGUUUACAGAGCCCGUGAUAAAAGAACAGACGAUAUCGUCGCUUUGAAACGUCUGAAAAUGGAAAAAGAAAAGGAAGGUUUUCCGAUCACUUCGCUCAGAGAAAUCAACACGCUUCUCAAAGGGCAACAUCCCAACAUUGUAACCGUACGAGAAAUAGUCGUCGGUAGUAACAUGGAUAAAAUUUUCAUCGUAAUGGACUACGUCGAGCACGAUUUAAAAUCGCUCAUGGAGACAAUGAGACACAAAAAGCAGCACUUCAUGCCCGGCGAAAUCAAAUGUCUUCUCAGACAGCUACUGUUAGCCGUCCAGCAUUUGCACGACAAUUGGAUUUUACACAGAGAUCUGAAGACCUCUAAUUUGUUGUUAUCGCAUAAAGGCAUCCUCAAAGUAGGCGAUUUCGGGCUAGCUAGGGAAUACGGAUCACCUCUGAAGCCUUACACUUCUAUUGUUGUUACGUUGUGGUACCGAGCCCCGGAGUUGCUACUUUGUGCCAAGGAAUAUUCCACGCCAAUCGAUCUGUGGUCAGUCGGAUGCAUCUUCGCUGAAUUAGUCCUGAUGAAGGCUCUGUUUCCUGGCAACUCGGAAGUCGAUCAGUUGAACAAGAUAUUCAAGGAUUUGGGUACACCGAGCGAAUCGGUAUGGACCGGUUUCAACCAACUCCCGGCUGUGAAGAAAAUGAAGUUCAACGACUACCCGGUGUCGAACCUUCGGGCGAAGUUCAGCAAUCUGAGCGAGUGCGGUUUGGGAUUGCUGCUGAAGUUUCUGACGUACGAUCCCAAGAAGAGGGUCUCCGCCGAGGAGGCGAUGAACCACGUGUAUUUCAACGAGCCCCCGUUGCCCAUCGAUCCGGCCAUGUUCCCUACGUGGCCGGCCAAAAGCGAAUUGGGCCACAAACGCGCUUUGGCCGCCAGUCCUAAGCCGCCAUCGGGCGGCGGGGAGUACAAGAAAUUGGGCAAAGAUGGGGAUGAUGACGGUUAUGGAUUCAGAUUGGGCAUGGGCGUGGAUGCGAGAAGGAGCGGACCUGGAUUUAGCUUGAAGUUUUAGUUUUAAAAUCGAUCAAUAUUUUUGUCCUAAUAUAAUUUAAUUAGUAGUUUCGUUUUUAAUAUCGAGUGCUAAACUUGCAGAUGUACUUUUUAGAAGAAUCGUCUUUUUUACAUAUCUCAAAUGAGACGAAUUUAUAAAUGAAAUUUCUAUAAUGUAAAUAAAGUUGAUAUAAUAUAGAAGUUGGAAGAAUAAGGAAUAAAGAAGAAAGGUGUCGAAAGAGAAUCUAA